CUUAUUGCACCAGUUCAGCAGUACAGCUGAAAAGAACAGACCAAUUGUAAUCAUAUCUGUGAACACAUAGGAACACAGGUAGCAGCGCGACUACGAUAACAGCGACGACGAUGACGACAAUAAUGACUCGCGACACGUCGUCAUGAACCGCGCGUAGGUCCGACGUGUGACCCUGGGCGCGAGAGAAUUUGUGAGAACAAAGGUAGGACUGUGUAUACGUGUAAAUCCUUGGAACAAUAUACGGAAUUGUUGACUCGCGUCCUGUGAUAGAGGAGACGACGGGAAAACGACGGCAGUCAGUCCGCGGAAUGCCGAUCGUCGUGAGGAACUGCCCGCACCUGGCCAACCGCGGCGACCUCGCCUUCAUCGAGGCAGUGGUUGCGCAGGAGGAGCGUUUCGUCAAGUGCAGCGACUGCGAUGCGGACGGACCUAACCUCUGGCUAUGCUUGUUUCCCGAUUGUCGUUGGGUCGGUUGUGCGGAGACGCAUCUCGAUCACAGCACUAUUCACAAUCAAAACUUCCCCAGCCAUUGCGCCCACAUGAAUUUGUCCACGAACAGGAUAUGGUGCUACUCCUGCAAGAGGGAAGUCUUUGCUAGGCAUGUACCCUCACCACCUGUGUCGCCUACACAGGUGGAGUUCAAGACGAUGGGUAACAAAUUCGCCGGAGACGUUCCUAACAAUAUUGAGUGCAAGCUGGAUGGCUUGGACAGGAUUAUGUUGGAUAAAUUCUACGGGGAGUGGUCCGUGAACAAAAUAAAUCCGGAUAAGGGCAGUCCAUUCAACGAGAAGUCUGGAGACUCUCCCGACAGUACUGACUCAGACGAGAGUAAGGACUUCUCUGGAAAGCCAAGAGGUCUAGUGGGCCUGCAGAACAUCGGCAAUACGUGCUACAUGAACGCAGCGUUACAAGCGUUGUCCAAUAUACCUCCCUUGACGCAGUUUUUCUUGGAUUGCAGUCCUAUGGUUAACUACAUGUCUAAAGACAGGAAACCCGGAUUGAGUCUGAGCUAUUUGAAUCUUAUUCGAGACAUGUGGAACAAGAGGACUCGGGGAUACGUUGUGCCGCAUGGCAUUCUGUCUGGUAUUCGCACGGUUCAUCCAAUGUUUCGCGGCUAUCAUCAGCACGACACCCAAGAAUUCCUCAGAUGCUUCAUGGAUCAGCUGCACGAAGAGCUGAAGGAACACAUUGAAGACGACCGAGAUAUGCAGCUGCGGCUGAAAGGUCUGGGUGAUCAUUCCUCAGAUGAAGACGAGACCGAGAUGGACGGCAAUGCGUCCAGUCAGUCCGACGCCGAGUACGAGACUUGCGACUCGGGCGUAAGUGAACAGAGCUCGCUAAGUGAUGAGGGUGAACGUGGCACGAAAAGAAGAUACUCCCGCGUCUCACAAACGGAGAAACUCAGAAACAAGUUCACCAACAGGAGUAUGAAGAAAUCGAACGUCGAGCCGACUACGUUCGCGCCGCAGCAACGCUCGCCACAGAGCUCGCCGACCAAACAUCGCACCAAGAAGCAGAUGAAAACGCGUAGCAUCAUCAGCGAUACAUUCGACGGCAAGCUACUCAGUAGCGUGCAGUGCCUGACGUGCGAUCGAAUCUCGACUCGCGUGGAGACCUUCCAAGACCUGUCGUUACCCAUUCCAAGCAGAGAUCACAUCGAUAUGCUGCAUCAAGGCUCGUUGACUCCGCAGAAGGCCGGCCCUUGUUCAGACGUAGUCUACGUGACCAACCAAUCUGGCUGGCUGUCCUGGUUCCUGCAAUGGAUGCGCUCAUGGUUCUGGGGACCAGUGGUCAGCUUACACGACUGUCUCUCCGCAUUCUUCAGCGCCGAUGAGCUCAAGGGCGACAACAUGUAUAGCUGUGAGAAAUGCAAUAAGCUGCGCAACGGUAUCAAAUUCUCCAAGGUAUUGGAGCUUCCCGAGAUACUCUGCGUCCAUCUCAAGCGAUUCCGUCAUGAACUCAUGUUCAGCUCGAAGAUCGCCAACUACGUAUCUUUUCCGCUCGAGGGCCUCGAUAUGCGACCCUACCUGCACAAGGAGUGCGUGUCCAAAGUCACCACCUACAACCUGAUAUCGGUCAUUUGCCAUCACGGCACCGCCGGUGGCGGACAUUACACGUGCUACGCGCUCAAUCACAUCGCCAACAAGUGGUACGAAUUCGACGACCAGUGCGUGACUGAAGUGUCGCCCGAAACUGUGAAGCAUUGCGAGGCAUACGUGCUGUUCUACAAGAAAUGGUCGCCGGACAUGUCGCAGACACGUGACAAGACAAUGGAGCUGAUGGAGAUCUCGUUCCGCGAGCUAUCCGAUCUUAAUUUCUUCGUUUCGCGACAAUGGAUUAAUCGCUUUAACACCUUCUCCGAACCUGGACCGAUCGACAACUCCGACUUCCUGUGUCCACACGGAGGUGUGAUCCCCGUGAGGGCGCAGUUUGUCGAUAAAAUCAGCAUGCCCAUUCCUCAAGCGGUCUGGGAAUACUUGUAUAGUAGAUUCGGCGGAGGACCAGCGUGUACACAUCUGUACCAAUGUCCGACCUGCGAAGAGAAGUACGAAUCCUUGCAGAAACGCAGGCAAUAUGAGAUGGAGCUGUUUCAACGGCUGAAUCACACCACCGACAAUCCCACGGCUAUCUACGGACUAGCUAUGGCUUGGCUGAGGCAGUGGCAGAGCUUCGUCCGCGGCAAAGAGACGCAGCCACCAGGACCAAUCGAUAAUAAUUCCAUCGUUAUAAGUAAGAACGGGCAAAAUAGUCUCAAAGUCGGUUCGGAUUACGGCCAAAUACCGGAGGAGUUGUGGCAAUUCUUCCUUACGACGUACGGCGGAGGACCAGAGCUAAUGUUGCAUUCGUGUCAACGCCCAGUGCCCGCUCAGCCUAACGUUUCUAUACAUUCCGCGUCAACUUCGAAUUUAAUAGAUCCAAAUAUUAAGUGUAAUCGCAUAGUAGAAGCUAAGUCCAACAAACUUUGUACGACCAGAAGCUCCGAGACCAUUUCGCAGCAAGACAGCGCUAUCGAGAGCCUAACUUCGGAUAGCGAUUCCCAUCAGACGCAGAGGGAUGUGAGUUUCCAUACGCGAGACGCAGACGAGAUGGUUCGAGUACCUUGGAACUGAGACAAUCGGUGUCACUCUCAGUGACUUGGAGACAACGAGGCAAUCGGAUGACGCAAUUGCGCCGCAAUGAUCCAUGUAAAUAAUUUCUAUAAGCGUAUUUUCUCGGAACAUAAUCAAAUCUGAAAGUACUUCUUUUUAUAAGAAAGCCAUUGUUAUUUUAUUCGAUUGUACAAUUCUGAUUGUACAAAGUGACCGCAUUGCGUCAUAGAUGACUUUACUAACUUUGUUCUCAUGACGAAAACUAGAAACGAGAUACACAACUCUCUUAUUUCGCUACGAGAGAAGUUCGUUCAAGUGAUUUGUGUCCAAGCAAGCUAUCGUUUUGGAAAGCGGAAUGAUAUCGGUUGUUUCAGUCCUACCGACCCGAAACUGUGCAACUGUCGACAGUCGUAUUAAUUUCAAACUAUACGAUUUCGUCGAUGGGAAUAUUGAAUACGAUGGGAAACAUAGUUAUAGUACAAAGAGAAAUUUGUUAUAGGCGUGUAUUAUUUAAGGCUUCUUGUAUCUCGCCGCGGCUAUGUUGAAUUUGUAGCAUCAGAAACGAGGAGCAUAUUGACGAAAGUUGUGUGCCAUUUCUAAGUAGAGAUAAAUAUGGACGAAAGAAUAUUUGAAACUGCUUGAGCAUAUUUGUAAAAUUGUCCGAAAAAUAUCCCUUUCCCUUGACGAUUAAUAAAUAGUCGUAUAAUAAAUGGUGAAAUGAGGUAUGCAAACAAAACAGACUCAUCUCAUUUCACUAUUUAUUAUACGACUAUUUAUUGAUCAUCAUGGGAAAGAAAUACCUUUCGAACAAUUUUACAAAUGUACUCAAACAAUCUCAAAUGCUCUUUCGUUCAUAUUUAUCUUUAUUCAGAAAUGGCACUCAACUUUUUUAAACAUAUAUUCAUUCGUUUCUGAUGUUAUAAAUCCGACAUAGCUGGCGAGAUACAAGGAGCCCAAACUACAGAUUGUAGUUCGUAUUUUUCGCCCAAAGCCUAGGCCGUAAUGUAAUCGCGACCUCGUUAUAGCGAACUGGAUUUUCGAUGUUUAUACAUUCGCUGUGAUGUGCGUACGUACGUACGUGCGUGCGUGCGUACGUGCGUGCAUGCGUGGGCUCAGUUCGCACCGAUCGUUAGAAACGUAUCGCGUCAACUGGUAGUUUUGGGCUAAAUUAUUUAAGUGCGCACGAACAACGCAUAUUAUUACAUGCGUCAUUCAAACCAAAAUAAUUUAAUACCAGUUACCAAUUGCAUUAACAAGUAUUGACAAAAUGAUCGGUGCGCAAAUGAGAUCUGUUCCAGUACCAACUAACAGUAACAUCACAUCAAUGUUAUAAUUUCCCACUCAACAAUGUAACUGUCACAUAACACACGCGUUAUAUCGCAUUUACAUUGUUGACUGGGAGAUUAUAACAUUGACAUCAUGUUACUGAUGAUGUCUCUGGAGUGUCAUUCCUGCACGUAAGGGCUAGUGGUUUCUUUUUCUUCUAUUUGUUUCUCAUUCGUCAAAAAAACUCCUGUGUACAUAUAAAACAUCGUUAUAUUCUAUCCUCGUUGGUGGUAGUUUCUUUUAUUUGGACAAAACGUGGAAGACUGAUAAAGUGAUUUUAGUUAAAACGGAAAACACGUUCAAGUUAGCCGCAUGAUCUAACGGUAAUUUGCAAUCGAACGCGGUACGUACGAAGAAUCUCUCCUUGAUCUUUACGUUCGUUUUCGUAGGGAGGGACAUUUUCGUUGAAAUUUAGUGGAUUUACCACCGUACACGUACCUUCUUUUUCCGUGGCACUUUUAAGAUGUUAAGCUCGGUUGUUUUUUCGCGUACAUCCCGUUUUAUUACCAAGGAUUGCUCCUCUCCUAACGGGCGGUGAUUUCGCUACGACGUCGCGAGUGCGUCGCAGCGCGAGUCUCAAGCUCUCGUUAGGAAUGAGAAAGGAGUACACAGUGCAAUUCGACUUGCAUACUCGCGGGAAUGCAAACAACUGUAAAGUUAAGAUUAAUUAUUCUUAAUUAUAAUAUAGUAAAAAAGCGAAGAUUCAUAAUA